AAUGAUGCACCCUGUUGCCAGCAGCAAUACAGCUUUCUGUGGGACCGGCAAGAGUUCUUGCCUUAACGAAGACAACGUGAGAUCUGCCGAUCAGUUUGACUUGUACGCCACGCAGCAAAGCAAAUACAGCCACGCCGUGAGCCACAAACCCAUCGCGUGCCAGAGACAAGAUGCGCUGAACGAAUCGCACUUGCAGACCACGAGUGGCAGGAGUAUAGAGACAAAAGAUGAACUAAAGAAAAAGAAAAACCUCAACCGAUCUGGGAAACGUGGAAGGCCGUCAGGGACCACAAAAUCAGCAGGGUACCGAACCAGCACAGGUCGACCCCUGGGGACCACCAAAGCAGCUGGAUUUAAGACAAGUCCAGGCAGACCCUUGGGUACAACUAAAGCGGCAGGAUACAAAGUCAGCCCAGGCAGACCUCCAGGAAAAAAGCAGCAAGCCUUCAGGUGUUCCAGUGAUGCCUAACACAUAUUGAGCUGGACUUUGGGCUGUACUUUACAAUAGGUGGGUUGAAUUGUGUUGGGGAACUGUGUAUGCACUGGCAGCUGAGACAAUGAACCUCACCUAUGCUGGAUGGCUCCUUAGUCGGUAGAUGAACUAAUGGCAGCUAAACUGCUACUAAAAGGUAGUUUCUCCGUGCCGAAGCUCUGAAAUCCAGUCACACCUUCUGUUCCUCAACAAACUCGCCAGUCGGAAAUUUAGCAGUCUCUCUCAGAAGGAUGUAACUUCUGACCUACAAAAUGCUAACGUGAGUUCAUUCACCCUCAGGAUCUGUGUUGUAGUGGCCGUGUUUAAUCAGAUGAUUUUUCAGCCACAGACUGCUUGGAGUCCUCUCCUGAACCCCGCUGGGAAAGCAGUCCCCUUCCGCCGAAGGGAGGGGCUGCAGGAGGGUCGCACCUCACCGGCCAGGACCGUGUUGCAUGUCACCACUGUACCUUGGAGAAACUCCACUGCUUACCUCCUCCUGGUUUUGCUCCUGGUCCGUUCCUCACUUGUGCAUCUGCCCAGUGGUGCUGCGCUGUGCGUCAGGAGGCGAUGCAGAUGUCUUGCUGUUCUGCUAGUAUAAUGGGUUUGAUGAAAUAAUGAAAUCAUCUGAGCAAUUUCUGUUCAUUACAGUGUUGAUUAAUUCUAUCGGAUGGAAUGUAAUC